ACCUCGAUUCGGCUUCAAACUCAGAAUCGAGAAAAGUCGUCGUGUUCUUGACCAAAAAAAAAAAAAAAAGAGUCGCGUUUCAGCAACUGCGAUUUUUUUUUUUUUUGGUCUGAAACACCUGCGAGUAAUUGUGAGGCAAACAUAUAUCUUACUUGAAGAUUAAGUCAUUCGGAGAGAAAAAGGAGUCGAAUUUUCGAUUGUCAGCACAGAAAAGCUAUUCACUAUUUUCAGGGGAUCAUUGCCAGAGCUACGGCUGGUAAAAGAGACGGUGAUGACAUCUAAGACUUUGCGGCGAAGGCUUCAUCAUGGAGAUGUUGAUGGAAAAGCGCACGAGCAUUUGGAGGCAUCAGCUUCAGAAGAUGGUCUUAAUGAGCCUCUCCUCGGAAACUACGAAAGUCCAGAGAGGCAUUCGGAGGAAUCCGCACUUGCGGACCUCUGGAAUGAUGAGCGGAGAAUGGAACAACUCCACUGGACUUUAUUGUUUUCUCAGUUGAUUGCGCAGUGGGCACGAUGGUUAGCAAAUAUUGUGCUGGGAUCUGGAUCACUUAUUGGACGGUUUUUGACCUCAGCUACACAAAAUGGACAAAGUACCAGUCUGCUUGCACCUGCCCUUACUCCUGUGCAAGAAGUAAGACUCAAAAACCUACGGCAAAGGCUUGAAGUCCCCUUUGAUGGUUCUCGUGUGGAGCAUCAAGAUGCACUAAAACAAUUAUGGAGGUUGGCUUAUCCGGAUAGGGAGCUCCCACCUCUUAAAUCUGAGCUUUGGAAAGAUAUGGGUUGGCAAGGUGCAGACCCUUCAACAGAUUUUAGAGGUGGAGGGUUUAUAUCAUUGGAGAACCUUAUCUUUUUUGCCCAACAAUAUCCGGAAUCAUUCCAUAGACUGUUGCACAAACAAGAUGGAACCCGAGCUGAAUGGGAAUAUCCUUUCGCUGUAGCUGGAAUCAAUAUUUCAUUUGUCUUGGCACAAAUGUUGGAUCUUCAAUCAGCAAAGCCAACUUCGUUGGCAGGAAUCCGAUUUCUACAACUGCUCCAAGAAGAUGAAAUGGCAUUUGAUAACCUAUAUUGUGUAACCUUCCAAAUGAUGGAUGCUCAAUGGCUUGCAAAGCGUGCUUCGUAUAUGGAGUUCAAUGAUGUUAUGAAGUCUACAACAACUCAGCUAGAGCGUGAGCUUGCCCUCGAAGAUGUCACCUGCGUUAAAGAUUUACCAGCAUACAAUCUAUUGGCAAAAUGAUCUCCUCCAGUCUCUUCUGAUGUAGUUCUCUCCAUCUGUAAUAUCGUACAAGAAAUUCGGUUGAAAAGUGUGACUUAUCAGAAACCACUUUCGAUGGUAAUAACGCAGAAAGUUACCAGUGAUUAAUUAAGAAUAUUUUUUACUUUAUAUGGUAGCCAUUCAACAUAUGCGAUGCCUUCUUCAA